AUGACCGAAUUUUUCUCGCAAAAACAGAUUGAUGGUGAGUUGUUGUUUUCCGAGAGUUGUUGAAUCAAAACCCGACCCCACGUUCUAGACAGUAUAUCUCGGUGUCCGGUGGAGAUAGCAAAAUGUUGUCAACUAAUAAAAUGUUCACUAAGAAAUUUUGCACAUUCUAUCAGUUGACAACUUUUUGAUAACUCUACUCGCAAUUGAGAUACAUCCUUCCAGAAAUCCGCGAAUGCUUCAACUUCUACUCGACCGGCGGCGUUCUGAUUUCGGCGUCGCAGCUCCGAUGUGCUCUGCGAAGCCUCGGAUACUCGCCGACCGCCGCCAAGACUCAAGAGUACUACAAAAAGCAGAAUAGUGAGUUUUUACGAGACGUUCACCGCCAAAACCGUAAUCAGCGUCCAAUUUUGAGCCGCUGAGCCAGUUUUCGGCUCAAUCGGAGCUCAGAGCGCUGGCUCGAGCCGCACGUGGGGCGAAGCUCUUUUGAUUCGCAUUGUCGCCCGAAAAAGUUCAAUUUUUGUCAGGAAAAUCGAUCGAAUUCGUCACAUUUCUGAAUAUUUGCAAAGAUGAGCAGAAUAGUCCGGACCCGCUGACCGAGGUUAUCAAAGCGUUGAGCGGAUUGGACAGGUAGGCCCUUAUUUGUUAUGGGGCUGAAAAAAUGAUUGUUUUCCGUUUUUUUUCCCUAUUCAGCGAUGUCAAAAACUGGAAAAAAACGGAAAGAAAUGCAUCGCUCGCAGCGUUUUUUUUCCGGCGGGUCUCGCAGCGAUUUCCCGGACGCGAUGCAUGCGGCUACUGUCAGAGACGUUUUAUGAGUGGAUUUACGAAAAUUUUUCUAAUUUUUCAGCGAAAUUGCCACGUUUUCCCGCUAAAAAGCUCAAUGUUUUGAACGAUAUGACGAGGCACUCGAAACUAUCCAACAAAAAAAAAAGAAUUCAAGCGAAGUCGGUCGAAAAUAGCGGUAAACGUGGCAAUUUCGCAUCAGUUACCAUAACAGAUAAAUAAUAACUGAAAUUCCGUUGAAAAUCGGUUGAAAAUAGCGGGAAAACGUGGCAAUUUCGCUGAAAAAUUAGAAAAAUUAUCGUAAAUCCACUCAUAAAACGUCUCUGACAGUAGCCGCAUGCAUCGCGUCCGGGAAAUCACUGCGAGACCCGCCGGAAAAAAACGCUGCGAGCGAUGCAUUUCUUUCCGUUUUUUUUCAUUUUUUGACAUCGCUGAAUAGGGAAAAAAAAACGGAAAACAAUCAUUUUUUCAUCCCCCUGAAUAGCCCCAUUAGGAAACACGCAAAUCAACAAUCUUAUUAGGACCAAGAACCGUUCGAUGCCCUCUCGCGAGCUCUCCGCGAUUCUGAGUCAGGUCGGCGAGCGAAUGAGCUCCGAGGAAAUCGAUUAUUUGUUGUCGAAAGUGGAGGUGAACGGGAUGGUUCCGCAUCAGAAACUGAUCGAAUAUAUCUCGCGAUAA